AUUCAUAAUGGUGAACAAUAUGGAUCACGGUUUGACCAAGUUUUCUCUUCUAGGUUAUGAUGAUUAGAAGAUCAUGAUUGAAGCACAUCUUUACGCCCUACAUGAUUGCAUGUGGAUGGUGCUUGAAGAUGGACCUUUGAAAAUGCAAAUGGAGAAUCCUGAGAGGAAUCCAGCCACUCCAGAUGUAGUCCAGUACAUUCCAAAGCCCAAAGAAAAAUGGGAUGAUAGAAAUUGUAAAAAGCACAAUCUGGACAAUGUCGCCAAAGCAGCCAUCUUCAAGACAUUUGAUCCCAUCACCUACUCCAAGAUCAAGCAUCUCAAGACUGCCAUGGAAAUAUGGCAAGGGCUUGGGAAGCUGUGUGAGGGAUCAGAGGAUCUAAGAAAGCAGAAGAUAGAGGUCCUACUUGAGAAGUUCAAAAGCGUCAAAAUGCUUCCCAAAGAGUCAUUUGAUAUGUUGGAUGAAACAUUCCACAAAAUCUUAAAUGAUCUUGCAUCACUUAACCACGUUCUUUCUCCCAAAGAAAAGAAUGUAAGGUUACUGAGGUCUCUUCCAACUGAGUGGUAUACCAAGGCCACAGCCAUGGAAGAAGGAAGAAACAUGGAGAACUACACUGUCAAAGGUCUCCUUGAUGAGCUCAGAACCUAUGAGCAUGAGCUGAAGAAGAAAAAGGAAGAACAAGUCACUCCCUUCCCCACGACAUUGAUGACAACUCCUAGAGUCCCACUAAGUGAAGGGACAUGCACAAGCAACUGUGACACACCUUCCUCCAGCCAGCCGUCAAGCUCAAAGAUGGAGAACUACGAUGAGGAGUUUGCCAUGAUGGUCAAACAAUUCCGAAAGUUCAAGAAGUUCUUCAAGAAAGCUGACUCAGUCAGAAGGCCAUCCAAGGGAAAGCCACAGGUAAGUGACUCCCCUCCUGAAUCCUAUUUGUUUUAUAACUGCAGGAAGCUUGGCCAGUGGAACUCAAGCUGGGAUGAAGAAGCCCUCGUCUGCAUGGAGCGCAGAGUUGAAAAGUCCAACCAUGAGGAUCGGUGGACUAUGUCAGAAGAUGACACCCUUUGCCUAAUGGCCAAAGAUGAUGCUGAUCAAGAGGUGAAAUCCCUUAACAAGGAGCUAGGGAUACUAAAGUCCAAAGAAGCAGUGGAUAAGCUUCUUAAAGCGACCAAACAAAAGGGUCGUGAAGGACUUGGGCUUGACCCCUCCAGUUCCAAAAGGAAAGGGAGAACAACUUUCAUCCCUCCUAAACCUACUGCCAAACCCAAUAAGCAGAAAGGAAAGGAAAAGGAGAAACCCACAGAAGUUCUCGAAAAGAAAGCCGCUAAGUACCCAGGUGUCUGGUACUUAGACAGUGGUUGUUCAAGACACAUGACGGGUGAUGCGAGCCUUUUGAGCAAUCUAAUUCCCUAUGAUGGUCCAAGAGUUACUUUUGGAGGAAGCAAUGAUUUUGGCCUCACAAAAGGGCUAGGAAAUCUGGUGUACAAGGGACUAACCAUCGAAGCUGUAUCUUAUGUGGAAGGUCUCAACUAUAACCUUCUAAGCAUAAGUCAGUUUUGUGAUAAAGGUUACUCCUUGGAAUUCUGCAAGGACAUGGCAUCCCUCAAGAACAUCUCCAGAAAUGAAGUCAUUCUCACUGGGAAGAGAAUCAGAAACAUCUAUGAAGUAAUAUGGGACGAUGUCAAGGAAGCAUGCCUAAUCAGCAAAGACAAGGAUGACGAAGUCAAAGAAGGAGAAAGGAUGAAGCCUACGGAGUUCAUUCCAUUCGGAAGUCUACCACUGAAAACCUCACAGAGAAAUCCGGAUUCAGACAAUGCUGAGCUUACCGGAAAUCAUGGUCAGCCUUUCAAUAUUCCGGAUCUCUCACAAGGCGACAAUUCCGGAAAUGGUGACCCAGUGCCAAUCCAUCCGGAGACACCAACAACUUCUAUUCUUCAACCAGAAGCUGAACUAGAUCAACUAGUCAACCCUAAUCAACACAAUCUUCGUUGGUUAAAGGAUCAUCCUCCUCAACAAAUGGAAUAUUUCAUUCAAUCAAUUGAUUUUGAUUUAUGGUUGAAUGUACUUCACGGGCCAUUUGUGCCGAGAAACGGUGAUUUUGCAGGGCUAUCCUCGGAGGACAAGAAAAAAUUGUCCAUGAACGCGAAGGCGAUGAACAUCCUUCAUUGCUCCCUUGGACCCGAUGAGUUUGCACGUGUGUGCUCGUGCAAAACGGCCAAGGAGGUAUGGGAUUUGCAUCAAGCCACGCAUGAAGGCGACACCUCCACGAAGCAAACCAUGUUAGCCCUCGGAAACUCAGAGUACGAAAGUUUCAAAAUUGGCCAACACGAGUCAAUCCAAGAUGCCAAUAGAAGGUUCAAUGAAAUAAUCAACAAGUUGGAAGACCCAAAACGAACCAAUGCGUUCAAGGCAUCCAAGGAUGAGUCUAGUGAUGACUCAAGUGACUCAAAUGAUGAGUCAAGUGAGACGGAUGAAACAUCCGAGGACUCUAAUUCGUCAAGUGAUGAAGAAGACGAAGAAAGAGUAAUGAGAAAGAAAUACAAUAGCCUUCUCCAAUGGAAAUUUUUUGAAGACUCAAGACGGAGAAAAUCAAAAGACAAAGAAGUAUAUUCAAAGCCGAAGAAAGAGCGGCAUAAGCCAAGGUAAGUUCUUCUCACUUAUUGGGAUAAGAUAUUUUGUUUGGUUUUAAUUAUUUUCAAAAAUAAAACCUUAUCCCAUACGUGCUUUCAUUUACUUUAGCCUUGGUUUGCAUGAUUAAAUAGUUUUUAAAUUC